UUUCCCAAAAAAAAAAUGAAAAAAUAAAAAUUAUAAAAAUAAAUAAAACACUUUUAUAACAAUCCCAAAACUCCCACCAAUAUUUUAUCCUCCUUCUCUAGCACAAUCCUCAACAAUGGCAGCAGAAAUGGCACUCCUAAAACCCAUUUCAAAGUUCAGCCCGAAACUAAGCCCAAGCCCGAUAACCCGACCCGGAGCAAAAAGCUUCAGAGUAUCAAUGUCCACAACAUCAAUGCCCCCAAAAACAUCAAAAAAGGGGAAUAAGAAGGAAAUUCAAGAAACCCUUUUAACACCCAGAUUUUACACCACUGAUUUUGAUGAAAUGGAGCAGCUUUUUAACACCCAGAUUAACAAGAACCUGAAUGAAUCUGAGUUUGAAGCACUUUUGCAGGAAUUUAAGACUGAUUAUAAUCAAACUCACUUUGUUAGAAACAGUGAGUUUAAGGAAGCUGCUGAUAAGCUUGAUGGGCCUUUGAGACAGAUUUUUGUUGAGUUUCUGGAAAGGUCUUGUACUGCUGAAUUUUCUGGGUUUCUUCUUUACAAGGAGCUUGGUAGGAGGCUCAAGAAAACAAAUCCAGUGGUGGCAGAGAUUUUCUCUCUUAUGUCUAGAGAUGAAGCCAGGCAUGCUGGGUUUUUGAACAAGGGUUUGUCAGAUUUCAAUCUGGCCUUGGACUUGGGUUUCCUGACCAAAGCUAGGAAGUACACAUUCUUCAAGCCAAAGUUCAUCUUUUACGCGACAUACCUAUCAGAGAAGAUUGGUUACUGGAGGUACAUUACCAUUUACAGGCACCUUAAGGAAAAUCCUGAGUACCAGUGUUACCCCAUCUUCAAGUACUUUGAGAACUGGUGCCAAGAUGAGAACAGGCACGGAGAUUUCUUCUCUGCUCUCAUGAAGGCGCAGCCCCAGUUCCUCAAUGACUGGAAGGCCAAACUCUGGUCCCGUUUCUUCUGCCUUUCGGUUUAUGUGACCAUGUACCUCAACGAUUGCCAAAGGACAGCAUUCUAUGAAGGCAUUGGGCUCAACACCAAAGAAUUUGACAUGCAUGUCAUUAUUGAGACCAACCGCACUACUGCCAGAAUAUUCCCAGCUGUGCUAGAUGUGGAGAACCCAGAGUUCAAGAGGAAGCUUGAUCGAAUGGUGGAGAUUAACCAGAAGAUCAUUGCUAUUGGGGAGACUGAUGACAUCGGCUUUGUGAAGAAUUUGAAGAGGAUCCCAUUAGUUGCAGCACUGGUUUCAGAAAUCUUGGCUGCGUAUCUGAUGCCACCUAUUGAAUCUGGUUCGGUUGAUUUUGCAGAAUUUGAGCCACAGCUUGUAUAUUAGUCUUCCUAUGUACUACUGUAUUGUGUUCCUUCUAGUAAUCAAUACUCGAGGAUGACUUAAAUUGCUAUUGCCAGAGAACAGAAAAUCUGUAACAGUAUGUAAACUUAUAAAUUGCAGAUUUUGACAUUUCAGCAAUAUCCCUAAUUCCAUGUUUGAU